UCAGGCCAAGGCCAGGGUCCUGCACGUCAGGCUGCAUUGCAUGCUGGGAUCCCAUCAUCUGUACCAGCAUAUGGUGUGAAUAUGUUAUGUGGGUCAGGAUUAAAGGCUGUGGCACUUGGUUAUCAAUCUGUAUCCAGUGACAAAACUUCUAUUGUUGUUGCUGGUGGUCAAGAAAGCAUGAGUCAGGUAAGUAUGAGCCUGUGAAAAUGGCCAACAUUUUGCAUUUUGCUUUGCUUCAACCAAUCAGAAGCACUACCCAGAUCUGUUAGUGACACGUCAUCAGUAAGGAAUUUCUGUGCUCAUUCCUCAGAUAUCAUUUCGUGGGGAAACCUGUGGCAUUGCAAAAAUUAAUGUUGACUGUUUUCCUGGCUAUGUAAAUACACAGCUUACAAUUUAACAAAUAAAUAAAAUUUUCUUUCAAAUGCAUGCAAGGUCAGGUUAGACCGUGCAGGCCCCUCAAUUGCCCAUUCUGCCACCUGAGUCCUGGUGAACAAGUUUCAUAUACAUGUAGGCUUGCAAAAAUGUCUGGAAAGUCCUUAAAUAGUAAACGUCUUGAAACUAGUGACGUUUUCUCCUUGAAAUAAUAUAAAUGCUGGAAUUUUGGAAUUUCUUUGCACAUAAAUGUUUUAAUGUUGUAAUCUAAUGUGUAACUGUGCAGGACACCAGUUUUGGCACUUGUUUUUGCAAGUGUAAGAUUGUCAUGUACACAGAAAACUGAAGAUCAUAAGAAGUUGAUGGCAGUUUUAGUGUCCAAAAAAUAUGGCUUAUUGUAACUGAAAAACUGAACCUAAGAAAGUUCACUAAAAGUGACAACUCUAUUUUUGAACUGUCCAUUUAUUUAGUGAAAUUGGCAGAUCAGAAAGCAAUAUGGAACAGUUUAAUGCGAAAUCAGCAAAUGGUCACGUAAGCUAAUUUGGCUGGAACUUUGGGAGUUUAGACAAAGGACCCAUAACUACAGGCUAAUUUCUAAUAAAUAUACUAUACCGUUACUGUCACAUUUUCAGGCCCCGCACUGUUGCCAUAUGAGGUCACCACUAAAGAUGGGUGAUGUUAAACUUGUGGACUCUAUGAUGUUAGAUGGUCUUAUUGAUGCAUUUCAUGACUAUCACAUGGGAAUUACAGGUAAGAAAAAUGGUCAGCGCUAUAAAUGAGACAUCAAAAUAUUUCAUAUGGAAGACAAACAAUUUUUCAUUGCAUUUUGUUUUUCAAAAACAAAACCACAGGUUUUUGAAAGCUUAAUAAUUAAAUCAAACUUUUGUUGGAAUUGUUGAGAGACAAGCUGCUUAAAAACCUUCCAUCUACAGGCUGUAAAGCCCCCUUGAAGUUAAAAAUGACCAAAAAGGCAUACCAUUUCACAAACUCCCAAAACAUUAGUUCGUAAGAGAUGUUUCAAAUACAUUUUUCAGCUGAGAAUGUUGCAAAGCAGUGGAAAGUCAGCAGGCAUGAACAAGAUCAGUUUGCUGUUAUGUCUCAAAACAGAGUAGAGAGGGCACAGAAGGAUGGCCACUUUAAUCAAGAGAUUAUCACCAUUCCUGUGAAAAUAAGAAAAGGUAAGAAAAAAGAUAAGAGACAAACUUUUUAGAUUUCUUGUAGAGUAGACCACAGAUUUCUUAGUUGAAAGAUAUUAGCUUGAACUGAUGUUAAAAGUAGUAGCUGAGUUCUACAUAUGCUUCUGUUGCUUGUAGAUAACAUCCUGUUUAUGACUAAUUCACUGUAAAAGCAUUUUUGCAAGAAUUUAUCACGCGUAGAAUUAGACUGCCAAACAGCCUGUACUUUUGCGCAGGUCUAGAACACGCAAGCAGUCAAGCAAAAGUCUUUAUUUUCAAGCAAGUGUGAAAAUGGAGUAUGGUACUAAGGAGAGACUGACUUUUGGUUGAUUCUUUUUAGCUACAAUGAAAUUCGCUUAUUUAAUGCAGUUUAGGUCUCUUCUGCUAAGAUAAAGAAAAAAGGACAGAAACACGCGAAAAAGCAAAGAAAAAAAGAGACAAAAUGAAAGUGUAUUCAAUACAAAGAUUAUUUUAACUACUUGCAAUAUUGUCAAAUAGACUGUGUUCACUUACAGGUACAAUAGAAGUCAAAGAAGAUGAAUUCCCACGUCAUGGUACCACAAUGGAGGGCCUAGCUCGUCUCAAGCCUUGCUUUCUCCAAGAUGGCACAGGUACAGUGACUGCUGGGAAUGCCUCAGGAAUCAAUGAUGGCUCUGCGGCAGUUGUGCUCAUGACAUAUGCAGAGGCAACCAAAAGUGAUGUGGCACCCCUGGCUCGUAUUGUCUCCUGGGGUCAAGCGGGUGUGGACCCAUCUGUGAUGGGUACAGGGCCCAUUCCUGCCACUCGGAAAGCUGUAAGUUGGUAUGACAGUUAUUGUUUGGAGGUUGCUCGUGAGCAUAAAUAGUAUAGACCUUUUUACGGUUUUUUCAACUUUUGAAAUGGACAAGUUAGGGGAAACCGUCAACACCACUGAAAGAGCGCCUUAAUCGAGCAAAGAUAGAGCUUCGCAAAGUUGCGAAAAUUUACAGACGUUUGUAUGGUGGGGGGCAAGUUUUGAGCUCCCCUACAUACAAACGUCUGUAAAAAUAUGAACAUUAAAAUGUUUUGUCUCAUUGGCUCACUGCACAAAGAGGAUUUUGAUUUUAAGGAGGAAUGUUUGGCAUCAGCGGUAGAAGUGUCAGAAGUCGCGUGGGUAAAGUUUUCGCUUCGAAUGUUUCUUUGAUCGCUUUUUCACUAAAGAUAUGUUGCAGUUGUCACAGUUGUAUUUCCAAUAACUUUGUUUUUUCGUUAAUAGCUAUUUUCGGCAGCAAUCAAGAAUAGCUUCUUGUUCCAACGCCAGGACCGCAUUACUUUCACAUUUAAAGCGAUCUUUCAAGAAUCAUACUAAAGAUAUUUUGUCUCCUUUUCUUUCAUCUGCAGCUUCAAAAGGCCAACUGGAAAAUUGAGGAUGUUGACUUGUUUGAGCUAAAUGAGGCCUUUGCAGCUCAGUCAUGUGCUGUUAUUAAAGAUCUGGGACUUGAUCCGCAAAAGGUACUUUAA